GCCUGUCAUGCUACUCCGUACGCUACGCUACUCGGCGAAAGGUGAGGCAAACCGACACCAGCCACAUGGCCAUUCUCCAGCCACCCGGGAAGACUACCCAGCCUCUCUCACCGCCUCACGACCCGCGCAGUCAUUCGCCCACGUCAUGUGCAAGCGGGGGCACGUGAACCGACCUCGAUUCUCCAUCCGCUCUGUGGGGUGAACAAGAGGCAUUGCUCUCCUCCCCUUCCUUUUGACCUCUCAAACUCAGAACUCCGCUAUCUAUUGCUAUUUCCCCCCAAACCGGAAGUAUCCAGCAUAUCCAGUGCUGAGAACACGAUAUCCUUUUUCACUAAAGAAGAAGCGCCGAUCCGAUCGCUCCGUCAUCAUGGUGUUGGGCCGUCUUAGUCAUUACGCGUUCGAUGCGGUCCUCGUCUCUGCCUUCCUGGCUGGCGUCAAGCGUUCGACUGGCUUAACCCCCAGUCUCAACUCCGACAAAAUCACCGAUAACAAGGACUUCAAGAAGUGGAUCGAUAGCUACCUCGGCGUGGGAGAGUGGGUGAUGGAUCAGUCCGUGGCCGUGCUGGGCUCCACCAGCUGGUUCGAGCGCAGACGGUAG